CACGCCCCCUUGGCCCCGCCCCGCGGGUCCCUUCCGCGCUCCCUCCGCCGCGCUCCCGCCGCCGCCGCCGCCGCGCCCCCGCCAUGGCCUCCGGGGCGGCCCCCGGGCAGGGCGGCCCCGCGCCCCCCCUCACCGUGCAGCGCGGCAUCGUUAAGAUGGUGCUUUCGGGUUGUGCCAUCAUCGUCCGUGGGCAGCCCCGUGGCGGGCCCCCUCCCGAGAGGCAGAUCAACCUCAGCAACAUCCGUGCCGGCAGCCUCGCGCGCCGCGCCGCCGCCGGGCAGCCGGACGCCAAGGACACCCCGGAUGAGCCCUGGGGGUUCCCAGCCCGUGAAUUCCUGCGGAAGAAGUUAAUUGGGAAGGAGGUGUGCUUCACCGUGGAGUACAAGACCCCGCAGGGCCGCGAGUACGGCAUGGUGUACCUGGGCAAAGACACGAGCGGCGAGAACAUCGCCGAGUCCCUGGUGGCAGAAGGACUGGCCUCCCGCCGGGAAGGGAUCCGAGCCAACAACCCUGAGCAGAGCAGGCUGGCGGAGCUGGAGGAGCAGGCUAAGAGUGCCAAAAAGGGGAUGUGGAGCGAGGGCACGGGCUCCCACACCAUCCGGGACCUCAAGUACACCAUCGAGAACCCCCGGCACUUCGUGGACUCCAUGCACCAGAAGCCGGUCAAUGCCAUCAUAGAGCACGUCCGGGAUGGCAGCGUGGUGAGAGCCCUCCUGCUCCCGGACUACUACCUGGUCACCGUCAUGCUCUCGGGGAUCAAGUGCCCCACGUUCAAGCGGGAGGCGGACGCCCCGGAGGUCCCCGAGCCGUUUGCGGCCGAGGCGAAGUUUUUCACGGAGUCGCGGCUGCUGCAGAGGGACGUGCAGAUCGUGCUGGAGAGCUGCCACAACCAGAACAUCCUGGGCACCAUCCUGCACCCGAACGGCAACAUCACCGAGCUGCUGCUGAAGGAGGGCUUCGCCCGCUGCGUGGACUGGUCCAUCGCCGUCUACACCCGCGGGGCCGACAAGCUGCGCGCGGCCGAAAGGUUCGCCAAGGAGCGCAAGCUGAGGAUUUGGAGGGACUACGUGGCCCCCACGGCCAACCUGGACCAGAAGGACAAGCAGUUUGUGGCCAAGGUGAUGCAGGUGCUGAACGCCGACGCCAUCGUGGUGAAGCUGAACUCUGGGGACCACAAAACCAUUCAUCUGUCCAGCAUCCGACCCCCCCGGCUGGAGGGUGACAGCACUCAGGACAAGAACAGGAAGCUGAGGCCCCUCUACGACAUCCCCUACAUGUUCGAGGCCCGGGAGUUCCUGCGCAAGAAGCUCAUCGGGAAGAAGGUGAACGUGACGGUGGACUACAUCCGACCCGCCAGCAGCGCCACCGAGACCGUGCCAGCCUUCUCGGAGCGCACGUGUGCCACCGUCUCCAUCGGGGGAAUCAACAUCGCCGAAGCGCUGGUGAGCAAGGGCCUGGCCACCGUCAUCCGCUACCGGCAAGACGACGACCAAAGAUCCUCGCACUACGACGAGCUCUUGGCCGCAGAGGCUCGGGCCAUCAAGAACGGCAAGGGGCUGCACAGCAAGAAGGAGGUGCCCAUUCACCGAGUGGCCGACAUCUCCGGGGACACCCAGAAGGCGAAGCAGUUCCUGCCCUUCCUGCAGCGCGCCGGCCGCUCCGAGGCCGUGGUGGAGUACGUCUUCAGCGGGUCCCGCCUGAAGCUCUUCAUGCCCAAGGAGACCUGCCUCAUCACCUUCCUGCUGGCAGGUAUCGAGUGUCCCCGUGGAGCCAGGAACCUGCCGGGGCUGGUGCAGGAGGGGGAACCCUUCAGCGAGGAGGCCACGCACUUCACCAAGGAGCUGGUGCUGCAGCGGGAG